AUGGAUUUUGUACAAGGGCCGAAAAUAGGGGCCGCAAUUCCACACCAAUCGGCCGUCACAUCCCUCAGUUAUCACGAAGAUGGAAAACACUUAUAUGCAGCAACCGACGACAAAAGGUUAUAUUUGAUUGAUGCACAUGAUAGAAGAUGCAACAAACCGGCCUAUCGAUGUGAACGAGUGGGAAUAUCGUCGGUUUCCAGCACACAUCACGACCAUUGUGUACUAUUUACAGGCACAGCGAGAGAACGUAGAAAUAUCCAUUACUGGUCGCUAUACGACAACAAGAUGCUGAGAAAGUUCCGUGGCCACACCGAUGACAUUACCAAUUUGAGUAUGAGUCCAUCGGAUGACAUGUUUCUGACGGCAUCUAAGGACAGAACGGUUCGAUUAUGGAAUGUUCAACAAGCGGGAGGACUAGCAAAGAUGGAUGCACCAGCAGAAACCGAGGGAACACCUCAUACCGUCUUUGAUAAGACUGGAAUGGUAUUUGCCGUAAUGGCCCAAAUGAGAGGGGCGCAAGGAAACUACAUUCAUUUGUACGAUGUCCGAAACUUUGGGGGCGGUGCCUUUUCCGAAAUGAAAGUGGAAGCAUCGGCCGUCCAACAAGCGAUGCAAACGCAACGAGUUACUACCAAUCCCUCAAAUCAACCGAUUACGUUCAAGACUAUGGACUUUAAUAUGAGCGGCAAUCGAAUCUUGAUUGAAGCAGAUCCCGGUCUUACCAUUGUCUUGGAUGGGUACAACGGAACCGUCCAACGCAUCUUUCAAAGCAAGGAAGGAAACCCAACCGCUGCUUGCUUUACUCCCGACGAUCAAUCAGUGCUGAUUGCCAAUGAUUCUGCAAAGGUAGAUUGUUGGAACAUUCAGUCGGGAACAGUCGUGAAGACACUGGAGGGACACAUGGGACCUGUGGGAGCAGUUGUGUGCAACCCGAAGUACUCACAGAUUGCUUCCUCCUGUACGAAUACAUGUCUCUGGAUAUGGUAG